AUGUCCGCCGCACCAUCCAUCCAGCCAAAGUUCCUGCCCAACCGCCGGGAUGUUGGUGUUGUUGCAGUCGGUUUCAGUGGUGGCCAGCCCAAAGCGGGCGUCGAUGCCGCACCGAUGGCCCUCAUUGAGGCCGGUCUAAUCAAGGAGCUGGAAGGAGAUCUCGACCUAAAGGUCGCUUUCGACGGCCAGGUUCAUAACUACUCCGAGAUGCUGCCAUCAGAAGAUCCGGAUUACCGCGGCAUGAAGAGGCCAAAAUUCGUCAGCGCCGUCACAAAGGAAGUCAGCAAUCAGGUAUACAACUAUGCAAAGGAUGGCAAGCUCGUCCUGACACUUGGAGGUGAUCACUCUAUCGCCAUGGGUACCAUUUCUGGCACAGCAAAGGCUACGCGCGAGAGGCUGGGGCGCGAGAUUGCUGUCAUCUGGGUUGACGCCCAUGCUGACAUCAACACUCCUGAGACGUCGGACAGCGGCAAUAUCCACGGCAUGCCUGUCGCCUUUCUCACGGGUCUCGCCAAGGAGGAACGCGAUGACUGUUUUGGGUGGCUCAAGCCAGAGCACAUGCUCAGCACCAAGAAACUUGUCUACAUCGGUCUUCGUGACAUCGACCGCGGCGAGAAGAAGAUCCUGAGAGAGCACGGCAUUAAGGCUUUCUCGAUGCACGACGUUGACAGGCACGGCAUUGGCAAGGUCAUGGACAUGGCGCUGGCCUGGAUUGGCAGCGACACACCCAUUCACCUGUCGUUCGACAUCGACGCUCUCGACCCCAUGUGGGCACCCAGCACAGGUACCGCCGUUCGUGGUGGCCUGACGCUGCGUGAGGGAGAUUUCAUUGCCGAGUGCGUCGCUGAGACUGGGUCUCUCAUCGCGCUCGAUCUUGUUGAGGUUAACCCCAGCCUUGAUGAAGUAGGCGCCAGCGAUACUAUCCGUGCGGGUAACUCUAUCAUUCGUUGCGCUCUCGGUGAUACCCUUUUGUAG